CACACAUCAAAACAUCAAGAAAACACGAUGGUGCAUUUAUUAUUGUUUAGGUUUUGUAUAAAAUGCUUGAAGAACCCAGCUCAGUUCAUUAUAGACCAGUCUUGCUGAAUGAACUCAUCUCGUACCACGUUCCAUUAAAAGCAUGUCAUACUGAAGCAACCCAAAUCCAUUCUGUAUCUACAUAGACAACCAUAUGCACACACUAGAGGGUUGUGAUUUCGUGUCGUGGUGUGUUAAAGAGAGUGAAGAGUUAACCCUAAAACAGUCCUCCCGUUUCCUCCUCCCACCUAACUCCUUCAUAAACAAACCUGAAAAGAUCCGCUCUCACUCUUUUUCUUUCUUUUACACAGCUAAGGAUAAAGAUAAAGCUGGUUGGGUUGGGGUUUUUUUGUGUGGGGGAGACAGAUGUUCUAGCAGAAAUGGCUCAAGCAACUGAAAGGAGAGUAGAAAGCUCCACGUCGGCUUUCCCUGAAAUCAUCGAGCUGAAUGUCGGCGGCCAGAUUUACGUUACGCGGCACUCAACUUUACUCUCCGUGCCCAACUCUUUACUCUGGAGCAUGUUUAAAGAGCACAACUCGUCCCAGCUGACCCGGGACAGCAAAGGGCGCUACUUUAUAGACCGGGACGGAUUUCUGUUCCGCUACAUCCUGGAUUACCUGCGCGACAAGAACCUGGCGCUGCCCGAGUACUUCAAAGAGCGAGCGAGUUUGCAGAAAGAGGCUGAGUUUUUCCAUCUCCCCGAUCUGGCACGUCGUCUCCGGCCUCCUCAGGUCAGUAAGGAGAACUCUAUCGGGGAUGAGGCGUUUCACAGCGACCCGGAGGAAGCAGCGGUGUCGUGCGCCCUCGCCGGUGCCAGUGCCAGCGGCAGCGCAGCCACCGGGCCGCGCUCUCCGUCUCUGGAAGCGCGCAAGUUCGGCUACAUCACCAUCGGCUACCGCGGCUCGUACACGAUCGGACGCGACAUCCAGAACGACGCCAAGUUCCGCCGCGUCGCCAGGAUUACCGUGUGCGGCAAAACCUCGCUCGCCAAAGAGGUGUUCGGCGACACGUUGAACGAGAGCAGGGACCCCGACCGCCCCCCGGAGAGGUACACGUCCCGCUAUUACCUCAAGUACAACUUUCUGGAGCAGGCGUUCGACCGGCUGGCCGAGGUGGGCUUCCACAUGGUGGCGUGCAACUCCACAGGGACGUGUGCGUACACCAGCAGCGACCCCAAUGAGGACAAAAUCUGGACCAGUUACACCGAGUAUGUGUUUUGCAGAGAGUGAGGCGAAGUGGACCUGCUCUUCUGGUGGUGUUGUUGUUGGAAACAGUGCCUAUUUCCAGCAGUUUAUAGCACAGCUAUACGUGUACUCUCAGAAAUGAAGGUACCUGUAACUGUACUUUUCCUUGUCACUGAAGCGGUACCAUCAACUGUACACCUUGUACAUUUAGUAUGUAUCUUUACCUGCAAAAGUGUAUGUGGUGCAUUUUAAUCCGCUUUGGGUUGUCCUCAAGGGCCGGUUAUGUACCUUGUAUUAUUUUUAAACUGGGAAUGAUGCAUAAAAGAUGUACGCUUGAUUCUACCACACCGAUGGCAAGCAAAAACACAGAUUUGUACCUUUAUUUCAGAGAUUGUACUCUCAAAAAAAACAACCACAAAAAAAAAGUAGUCUACUAUUGCUUGUCACUGGGGUUGUAUGACCACAAGAGCGUACAACCUGUACUUGUAGCACGUAUCAUUCACCUAGCAUUCCUUUAAAAUUCCUGUCCUACCUUAAAUCAGGGCUUCUCAGCUCCAGUUCUGAGGACCCACGAACACCAUGACAAGCCAGAUCGACUACUUUCAUGAGUCAGAGGUGGGUCAGAAGUGGGGAGAAAUUGAGAACCAUGGGUGAUGCACGGAAAUGAAGUUCGGAGGAGAUUCCAGGGCCGCAGGACCUAAGAAGACCCAAGGGAAGGAAAAUUGUUCAGUGUGUUAACCUGGCAGGGUGCCCAAAAUCUCUCCUCCUGCCUUAAAAUGUUUAAACGUAAACCACGUCCACUUUAUUAGACAAAGGAUGCGUACUACAGGUACUAAUGAUGUACUAAUCAGGAUACCACACUAUUGAGAAGAAAUGAUACAGUUUAGUAUCUUUAUUAUUAUUUUUUUUUGGGCCUUGGUACAGCUCAGUACCUGUUUUUCCCAGUUUAGGCCUUGUAGAUGUGUGAUAAUAUCAGUCCACACCGAUUAGCAUAAAAACGUAGUGUGUUUGCCAGAAGUGUAAUGAUUAGCGAGCGUCAGCAGCAUUUGGCACUCAUGUUAUUAAGGUUAAACAAUUCAGCAAGGUUUGGUAAGAAUGCACAGGAAAAACCCUCUCAUGUUCUCAUAACAGAUGCAUGCAGGCAUGUCCAGACUUAGGUAGUUUCAGUUUGUCCAGGCAUGUGCAGAGAAUGUAAUGUUACCAGUUUGAGAAGAAAUGUGACUGAAACGUGGAGACCUGUUGCCUGACACGGAGGACAUGGAGGACACUGCUCCUCUUUAAACUCACUGCCAUUUCAUCUUAACAUCCCACUGACUUCUUUCCCGGUCGUUGUCCUUUUCUAAUCUCUCCCACUGGAUAUAUUUUUCCGAGUGGCGGCUGUCACUGUCUCACGGUGUUUUUCGAUAACCAGAGCUUCGGUUUCCUGUGUGAUGUAAACAGUUUUAGCUCACAUUGAAAUGGGUUUCCAUUUUGCUCUGUCAGAUAGCAACAGCACCCUAAACAUAAGGCUGUUUCUGUACUAAACAACAGCUCUCACUCUGAAUUUUUAACCAACUCUUUCCGAUCUGAGCUAAAUGAUGUGAUUUGUUUCCUUUGCACUUGUAUAUUUGAAAUUCCUCAUGGGUUUCUUGUAUGACUGAAACAAUAAACUAAAUUUAAAAAGA